AUGAGUGAGCACUUUAAACCCGAAACGCAUGGAUCACAGGUCGUCGAAUGGUUCGCAGAGCGAGUAAAGUUCAAAAUAUGGCUCAUCCGCGGUGGUCACGCCGCAUGCCUCGCCGAUGCCCUAGCCCACGGCGGCGCAAGCUGCAUUAUCUUUACCGGCCACUCGCAGGCAGAACUACAAUCCAUCAUCGACCACCUCCACCGCAAGUACCACCAGACCAAGAUAAUAUUCAUCACGGCAGACAGCGGCAGUCUGGCAUCGAUGCGGGAGGCGGCGGAUACCAUCAAAGAGCUUGGUGUGCCCAUCGACGGGAUCGUUGGUUUUCCAACAGUGACGGCUGCGGCGUGGGAGCUCACAACUGAUGGAAUUGAAGGCCAUUUUCAAAGGAAUUAUCUGUGUUACUUUGUUCUUGUCAAGACACUGCUGGAAAGGAUGUCUGCUAGGGCGCGGGUUGUUAUGGUGACGACUAGUGUUCGACAGGAGGCACCUGCGCCAACGUGGGAGGAUGUGAGCUUUUCGAAUGGCGAGACUUAUCAUCCACUUGAUGGAUACGCGCAGUCUAUGUUUGCGAACAUUAUCUUCGCGAAGUCAUUGGCGCGGCGAUCAAUUGCAGCCUUCUCCGCCAAUCCAGGAAAUACCAAAAACAACAUCCAAACCUACGUCUCGACGGACGAAGUAGCCUCGUGGCUGCAACGCAAGAAAGAAGCCGGCGAGGACCUGCCAAUUCUACUGCAGCAAGCCCCCAAGUCCAUGACACAGGGCAGCGCCACCGUACUUCGCGGGCUCCUCGAUCCGGAUCUCGAAGGUAAGACACCCCUCCUCGUAUGCGAGUGGAGUAGCGACUAA